AUGGCCCAGACCAAAUGGAGAAGAGAAGGCAACGAAGCAAGUUAGAGAAGACGUCAUUGAAUGCCGUGGACGCAUAUCAAUACAGACUACAGAAAGGCAUCUCAGUUUACCAAUCAGAUGAAUCUGACAGUGGGUUUCCAAGUUCCAAAACAUCUUCGUGUUAUGGACUUUUGGAGAAGGAACUGAAAAAUGAGUUAAUUAGGUCAGAAAAACGAAGAUCCUCUCUGGCAGAAAGUCUUAGGAAUGCACACCAUGCUAUAGAAUAUCAGAAGAACUGCUUAGAACUGCAAGACCAACAUAUUACCAGUAAUAAAACGACACUUGAGAGUUUGCUCAUGAGACAGGAGUGUUUAGAGUCACGAUUUUCAAACUUAAAACAUAACAACUUUUACCCAGCUGUUUAUAGUAUGGAUGCUAGUGGAAAGAAUAUAGAGCAGUCAUCAAAGUACCUAUCUGAAGUCACAGAUAACAGCAGGAUUAAUGCUUUGGAAAGGGAACUUUUUGACAUUAAAGAGAAAAUGAGGAGCUAUGAUUCCAUACAGACAAAUGAGAAGUUAUGCACACAAAAUGUUUGUCGGGGCCGUGAAUAUGAUGAAGCUGAGGCAAUAGAGAUACAUGAAAGGUUGAGUCAGCAUGCAGAACUAAUGGAAGCUAAGUGCAGUAGUGCAAAGCGCGAGAGAGAUGUUCUGGAAUUACAGAUCGCAUCACUUUAUUCUGGACUCCAUCAAGCAAAACUUACAUCGAAGGAUUUGGAGAAGAAAUGUGUCAAGCUCCAGUCUCAAGUGGUGGCCAAUAGAAAUAUCAAUGAGAGUCUUCAUCUUGAGGUGUCAGCAUUGAAGCAGCACAAUUACACCCUGGAAAAUGCUGUCAAAGGAUCUGAGAAUGUAAACAAAUCACUGCAUGUACAGGCGGAAGCCCUACAAAAAGAAAAACAGAUUUUAGUGUCUCAAAAGGAGCUGCUGUUCGAAAUCAUGAAGAAAAAAGGAAACCGGAGAUAUCAUUCUGAGAAGUCAAAUAGAAGAACCUCUGAAGUAAUCCAGACCAAAUCCAAGAAUGAAAGAAACUACAUUAGCUCUGCAGGUGGAAUCUCAUCUGCUGAAUUAUCACAAGCAUCCAGCUUGAGGCAUUCCAAGAGGAGGAGAAGAAGAAGAAAAAAGGUGUAUUGA